GUUUGUGUGAUGUGUGAUUAUCUUGCCCAAUAACCACUUUAACCGAUGUGUUAGCGUUUUGAAAACAUUAUCGUGUGGCUUGUAUGUCGGUUUUGUCGUUGUAGAUAUAUUUACGUAAAAUGAUUCCUGUAACUUUAUAAAUUGUCUUGAAUGUGCAAGUGGCAUAUGAACCGGAUAUGGAGGACACCAUUCGCGCAACUGAGGAAGCGAACUGACUGAAGACUGAAACAGCAAAAGGGUAAAUCCUGUGUGAGCUUCUAGCUGUGGAUACCUGCACACAGCGGCAAGUUGAAGGAGAACGAGUUCUCUUCUCCCUCCGUGCUACCCUCCGCCACUGGAAAUUUAGGAUAGCCAGAGACUUGCCAGAGUUUGACCCAAGAGUAAAGUGCAACAACCUGCAGAAGGCAUCCAUCAGACGGUGCAGGGUAGAGCCUGACGUCGCGCUAUCCAUCACGCAGAAUCCCAGCACCUGUAUCCAGAACACAAGCAAUGUGUGCGAUUUAUCACUCCUAAGCAAAACAUGCCCUACUUCUCUGACUGAAAGGAAGGCAAAGCUUCAACAUAAUGAGACAUCCGCCGUGCUACAGGAUACACCGUGAACAGUUGAAAACAUAUCAGAAACUUAUUUCCCUUCGCCCUCACCACCAAAUUCAAUAGGGAUAAUAUAUACCAGCAAAAAUAGCGGUUUAUUUUUUAUACAUAAAAUAUAUUAGGAAUCUCUGAAAUUGAUUCUCAUAACAGCAAAAUAAAAUAAAAUAUGCAAGAAUGUGUCAAUGGAAGUUUGGUGAAUUUUCUUCGAUAUUUAUUUACAUGUUGAUUGAAGAUAAAUGAACGUAUUUGGGUUAAAAUGGAUAAUUCACAGUGUCUUGCUGUUUAAGAGUAAAGAGGGAACUAGGAAUCCGGCGUGUUUAAGUGGGAGCGACAGAAUAUCCGAUUUUGUCUCAGAGGACAGAAUGCGUCUGCUUAUCAGAAGCACAGGAAAGAGCGCCAUCUUUUGGUGAUCACAUAAAUCUUCAAUUUAUGUUCAUUACGAAUUAAUGCCUAAAACUGAGUGUGGCAGGAAACGCGUGUGUCACAGUGAAAGAUAUUAAUGUGAUUUGAAAUAUCAUCAGUCAGACUAGACGUUUAGAAGUGCGUUAGCUGUUUGCACUGACAGCUGAGCUCAGUUUUCGUCAUAACAAUUUCAACAAUGAUGAUUCCUUAUUAACGAGUCGAGCGCCGUUUCCAUGACGACAAUGAGCACGACCUGGUACUCCGUAGAUGACAUGGCAGUUACAGCUGAGAAUAUUACCUUCAGUAGCGCCUCGACUCCCGUCGAUGGCGUCACGCGCUCACAAGACGCCUCAGCGUGGGUGGCGGAAAUGUGGAAUUUGACCGCUACGAACUCUAGCGAUGGCAACGUCACUGAUAUGCCCCACUGCGAUACUGACAAACCGGUCCUUAUUAUCAUCACACAGGUGCUGUACAGCUUGGUGUGCCUGGUGGGAUUGCUAGGCAACACGCUCGUCAUCUACGUGGUGGUUCGUUUCUCCAAGAUGCAAACCGUCACCAACAUGUACAUCGUGAAUCUGGCCGUGGCGGACGAGUGCUUCCUUAUCGGCAUUCCCUUUCUGCUCACAACAAUGAGCCGGCAGUCCUGGCCCUUCGGGAACUUCAUGUGCAAGGCCUACAUGACCACAACCAGCAUCAACCAGUUCACCAGCUCCAUCUUCCUUACCAUCAUGAGCGCUGAUCGCUACAUCGCUGUGUGCCACCCCAUCUCUUCGCCCAAGGUCCGCACCCCUCUCAUCAGCAAGGUAGUGAGUCUGACGGCAUGGACGGCCAGCGCCUUGCUGAUGGUGCCGAUCUUCAUGUACGCUAGCACAGUGGAGCGCGAGCCGACGUCCACGUCUUGCAACAUCUUGUGGCCGGAGAGUGAACAUAUCAGUGGGCAGGCAGCCUUCACUCUCUACUCCUUCAUCCUGGGUUUCGCCAUUCCACUCCUGCUCAUCUUCGUGUUCUACUUCCUCGUCAUCCGCAAGCUGAAAACUGUGGGGCCCAAAAACAAAUCGAAAGAGAAGAAGAAGUCUCACCGGAAAGUGACCAAAUUGGUGCUCACCGUGAUAGCUGUCUACGUUCUCUGCUGGCUCCCCUACUGGAUCACCCAGGUGGCGCUGAUAUUCACCCCUCCGAACGUAUGUCAGCCCAUGAUCAGCUUCACCAUCUUCUUGUUCGCUGGGUUCCUCAGCUACUCGAACUCUGCCAUGAACCCGAUCCUGUACGCUUUCCUGAGUGACAACUUCAAGAAGAGCUUCCUCAAGGCCUGCACAUGCGCGGCGGGGAAGGACGUGAACGCCACACUGCACAUGGAGAACAGUGUGUUCCCUCGACGCCACCAUCGGCAAGCAGGCUCAGAGCGACUCAAGCUCCCUCUGGGAGGACAGGGGGGGAUGGGCGGCAAGAGCGCUACCUCCGGCGAUGAUGACGGCGAGCGGGGACCUCUGGUCAGCAAGGCUGACCACUCCACAACCGCCAUCACCAUGACGUCACGAUCCAACAUCACCGUCAGCAGCGACACCAGGGAUGCCGCAAGUAGGGACACAGGCUGCAAGGAGACAGUGCUAAGAAACGGACAGGAGCCAACACAAGUAUAGAUGGUAACAGUGCUCAAGGUUCUCGUGAUGAAUGUCUUUCAUUUCAAAAAAUUGACCCCAUAUCAUUCAAGCAAGCAUAUGCCAGUGUGUGAGAGUCAUGGUCCUUUGACCAGCUUGGUAUCGCUUCAGGCAUGGCACCAUUCAGUUCUGAUCCAGUUUUAAAGUAGCAAAAACUGGCUUCUAUAAAAGAAACAGGUUGCUGUGUUUUUAAUUAUGUGUUACAGUCUCCAGCAUUCAAGCAGAUUAGUGGCAUAGGCUGUCUGUACCCUGCAGACAAAUUGCUAUAUCGUAGCUUGGAUCGUUAGACAUUGGUUCCUCAUGAUGAAGUCCCAGGUUCAUCCCAGGAUCAUCCAUUAAGACAUAUGGUGGACAAAGUAUCACUAAGACAGAGCCCCCACUUGAUAUUUCAUUUUUCCCCUACAUGUCACCAUUAGAUCAAUGUUCUUCACUCAUCCGUUUCUGAAGUGUGUAAGAUAAAAAUAACCAGUCAACACGUUAUCACAUUCUUUGUCCCUGAACCUUUGCACAGCACAAGCGAAUUAGCCUCAGAAUACCUGCAUUCGAACUGCCACAGCUGAAGAAAUUGUCUCGUUGUUAAUCAGUUGUUACAGCAUUUCUGUCAAUAAAUGUCAUCAAGUUUGACAAACUGAUUUUUAGAGAAAAGAACAAGCUUUCAUGUGACCUAAACCUAUGGCUGUCUGAAGGUCAUUUGAGGAAAUAUGGUGGAUUUUUCUGUGUAACUGCAUUUGCUUGCAGGCAUGCUUGUAAUUUCUAAUAGGUAUACUAACAUGGUUUGGCUGUCAGAGGGUUAAUUGGGUCUUUACCUUUGACUCAGCACUAGGCUGGACUCAUGAUAAAAUAGUUAUAUUAUUAUUCGUUGUUUGUUUUGUUUUAUAAAAAUUUGAAGAAGUUGAUGGCUCCAUUAGAGACAUUUCUACAUAUUUUGUUAUAUUUGAAUUAUCUGAUACUGAUGUAAUCAAUCAAGUUCCUAUAUCUUCAUAUAUUCUUUGCAGUUUAAACAUAGGGACAGAUUUGAUCACAGAAUAAAGAACAUAGAGUUGGUGCAUCUUCUUUUUCUGUUUUCAAAUCCUUACCAGCUCUUUCAUCUCUCUCCUUCAUAUUUUCUAGUGCACCGAUGAACUAUUUUUUAUGGGCCUUUCCAUAUGUCUCUCUGCAUUAUAAUUUACUUGAAAAGCCCUCCUUUCUAUUUUGGUCCUAUCAGUUUUUCUACUUGUCCAACCCACUGUAAUCAUAUCUCUCUUAACUCUACUAAAAGAAUCAUGAGUUAUAAGUUCUUCUCUAACCAUUCUUGUUGAAAUCUUAUUCCUUCUUUUCUUACCCUCUCUACUCAAGUUUAAUAGCGAUUGUUUUCAUUGUGUUUAUGUUUCUCUUUGUAAAAACCCUUGUUUCUACGCUAUACAUUAGUAAGAGUAAAGUAAAGGUAUCCCUGUAACAGGGCGUGGAGGCCCAUAGCGUUGUGAGACGUUGAGGUUCCCACAUUUUCUAGACAGUCAGGUCGUAUCAGUCUAAAUAUGUUUUACAGAUUGUUGUUUUCCAUUGUUUUGGAAUAUGUCUGUUGCAUAAUAUUCCUAUUAUAAUUUAAUAAAAUGUAGAGAUAUUUUGCGUUCUCCUAUGGAUCUCUGUCAAAUUUCCCGCUUUAUUUUACUUCGCUGUUAUUGCACUUAAAUAUACAUACAAAUGGAUUGCACCAGUGUACAAGCACUGUUAAAAUUAACACAUUUUCAUUUUAUCAGUACAUAUGACAUGAUCUGCAAUUAACACUUCCUGCCUGUGUGAAGAUAUUCAACCCUCAAAGUUCCAGUGCCAAUCUCAGUCCAACAAUCAUGGGAAUCAUGUGUGGGCCAUUAUCAUGCUGAAUUUGACAAUCCUGACUUUAUUACGUGUAAUUUCUAUAGCGAUUUGUCAUGUGUUCAAAUAAACUGGCUGUGAAGGGAAGGAUUGUCUGUUGGGUUAUAUUCAACAUCAGAGAAAUCAAGGUUGUGAUAGAUCUCUGCAUAUGACACUUGACUCAGCUUCCAGAGGUUCUGAGUUCAAUACGUGGCCAGAUCUGUGAGCAGAUACUUCUGCUGAACCCUUCACCUCUAGCAGAGAUAAACUUUGGGAAUGUGAGGAACACAGCUUCACUCUGUGGUUGGGAAGGAAUGUUAAGAUUGAAAUCUCUUCUGCUGAUCAUCAUUCCUGGUUCACCCUGUCUUCUGGGGUAAAAGAAAUCGCCUUGUGGCUGCCCCCACCUCAGAACAUAAGUCUGUGCCCUUUCUUAGAUGCAUACAAGCUAUAGAGAUCAAAUAGUUUAGCAUUUCCAAAAGUUGGAGUCAUGUUUCCCCAGGGAGUGUGAAGAUUUCUUCCAGAGGCUAUCAAAUAUGCUAGUAGUGUAAAUAUCAUAGCAUAUAAAUUGUUAAGAAAAGGUCCCAUUAAAUUACAUUCAUUACAACAGAAAAAGUACUUCAUAGAUACAGUUAAGGUUCAUUGUAAACUGCUUUUUAAUUGCUAAAUCACAUUUUUUUAAGUUAGUUUAUGUAGGUUGGGGAGCCUCACAUAUUUUCAUUCACAACACAGGAGCCUCAAUAUAAAAGAAUUUGGGAACCAAUGGAAUAGACUAUACCUGGAAGCACUAGAAAUCAACCAAGAUACAAAAAUCAUAUUGGAAUGAGUUUAAUGUUCUCUUUUUGUCCAGCCCAUAAUCUAGUCACCUUGUAUACUGAGUCAUGCUGACCCAAUGCCGAAUUAACAUUUCUCGUCCUGCAUUGUGACAGCUAAUGAUUAUUUUCAUACAGGUGUGUCUAUCGUGCUAGUAGUCAGAUUAUCAUGCUGCUAUGGUCUCCUAAUUGUCUGUAGCCGACAAAACCUUCCUCGACUCUAUGUCAUGAACUUUAAAUUAAUUAACGUUCUGUAAAAGAUAUUCAUUUGACUGGUGUAUUAUUGCUGUUAAUGUGGUAUGUAUAUUUUUAGAAUAUGUCAUUGCAUGGAAAGAUAAGUUCAUCUAUGUCAAUUGGGCAGAAAAAGAAACAAGCAAAUUAUGCAGGGUAAUUAAAAGGAAAACUGAUUAUUGUGAAACUUUCUUAUUGUAAAAUAUGUACAUGGCAAAAAUGCUCAGAUACCUUCCAUUUUAACUAUACAGUAUACCUAAUAAGUUUUAUAGUUAUAACAGUAUAUUGUGAAAAUGUACGGGUUAAAUUUAUUUAAUUCACUUGGAAAAAGUAAAGAUAUAUUUCGUGAUGUUUGUAUCACAUGGCUGAAUGACCAUAUUUGUGACAAUUGCAAAUGGUUGCAUCAGAUUCAUUCUGUUCACACACUUCCUUUCCAUAAUCAUCAGUCCUUGGUGAAGAGUCUUGUGGGGUGCGUAUUAUGAUAAACUGAACUUGCCUUUAUCAUUUUUAAUAAAUGCAUCAUAUCAACGAAUGGUGAAGAGAUUUGAACUGACAGAUAUUGUGUGUGUGCUCAUGAUUGUGAAAAGCAAGAACAGUGAAAUGUCUCAGACUUUCUUCUGCCCAUGAACUAGAAGAAAAGAAAAAACACAGGGUAUUCCCACUGAUAAAUUACAAUCCAUCAAACUUAUUAACUUAUACAAAUGAAUUUGAGACAGUUGCAAAUAUAACUUUUGAAGUUUAUCAAGAACCUAUGUGUAAAGGCCUAUAUUCAUUUUCUUUUAACCCUUAAUGGACCAGUUAUAAUUCCUGCAGUGCCAAGUCACCAUUUUGGACUGUCAGAUGUGCUCUUAUUUUAUGGACGAGUAACAUAUAUGAAAGCCUAGUAAGAACUCGAAACAGAAGGGAAUAAUUCAUUCCCAGUUUUUUGUGACUGUAUCGAUCAGAUGUCAUAUGCUGCCAGGUGUACAGACAAGGUCAAUGUUGUCAACAUUUUGCACUUCAAGGGUUAAAAUGCCAACACAGAGACCAUGUUUCCUACAGGUCAGUUUUCUUGUAGUGGAGGUUUAUACCAUUAUGUCACUCUCAUGUCUCCAUCACUGGACACUGAAAGAUUUAUAUUGCAUUGAAAUGUGUGUUGUUCUGUGUGAACACAGGUUCUUACCGACUUGUGUAAAGUUGAUAUUAUUAUGAAGCUGCAUCAGGAAUGCUACAUCUCAAGCUAUGAUCUGUAACCAACUAACGAAUUACACAAUAUGUUCACUGUGUCAAUCCUAAUGUCUACAUUGUCCACUGCAUGCAGCACCUAAAUUCAGAAUGAAAUAUGACUGACAAGAUUUCUACUUGAGCCCAUGAAAUCUUGUUUUCAUAUCUCAUACAGAAUGUGUGUUCACUCAGUUAAGAAACUGUGGUCUUGUGAUCCCAGUCAAUUGCAGGUGACUGCACUCAUGUACAUUGUGAUGUGUCACAACAGCUCGCUGGCCGUGUUUGGCCGCGAGUAAAACCGCAGAACAACAGAAAUGUAAAGAAUGCCUGUAAUUUUUGUAAAUGUUUUGUGUGUAAUCACCUAUUUUUGUACAGAUAUCACAGUAAUAGCAAGCUACACCUUUUGGAAGUGUCUGACAAGUUGUGUAUAAUUUUUCUGUUUGUGUGGGUGUGUACAGUCUAGGCACAAUAAAGGUCACCCAGUGAUGACUGCUGCAGACUGUCCAACGCCUCCCUUGUUGUCUGUCUGUGCAUUGCAGUAUGUUAUGUGAGUGUCUGGUUUGUUACAGCCUCAUGUUCAGUCAUUGUAACUCAAUACCCAGAAACCAUUUUGUUGUACGUAUGAUGUAUCCAGCUGGUAAGUUUAUUGAAAAUGGGAAAUAAAGUGUUACUGAACUUCA